GGUCCGGCGGGUUCAAAGAGGAAACAUGGCGGAAAACAAAGGCGGCGGCGAGGCCGAGAGCGGCGGCGGGGGCGGCGGCGGCGCGCCGGGCGCGGCCGGGGCGGCCGGGCCGGCGGCGCAGGAGGCGGAGCCGCCUCUGGCCGCCGCGCGGGCGGAGGAGGAGGAGGAGGAAGGCGGCCGGGCUGACGCCGAGGGCGGCGGGGCGGCCGCGGCCUCCUCGGGCCCGGCCGCCGCUGCCCCCGCGGUGCCCGGCGCGCCCGCGCCGCCCGCUCCCGCGCCCGCCCCGCCGCCCGCCCCGGCCCCGGCCGCGCCGCCCGCGCCGCCCGCGGGGGCCCCCGCGCCGCCCGCGCCGCCCGCGUCGCUGCUGGACACCUGCGCCGUGUGUCAGCAGAGCCUGCAGAGCCGGCGCGAGGCCGAGCCCAAGCUGCUGCCCUGCCUGCACUCCUUCUGCCUGCGCUGCCUGCCCGAGCCCGAGCGCCAGCUCAGCGUGCCCAUCCCGGGGGGCAGCAACGGCGACAUCCAGCAGGUUGGUGUAAUACGGUGUCCAGUAUGCCGCCAAGAAUGCAGACAGAUAGACCUUGUGGAUAAUUAUUUUGUGAAGGACACUUCUGAAGCCCCAAGCAGUUCUGAUGAAAAAUCAGAACAGGUAUGUACUAGUUGUGAAGACAAUGCAAGUGCGGUUGGCUUUUGUGUAGAAUGUGGAGAAUGGCUAUGUAAGACAUGUAUCGAAGCACAUCAAAGAGUAAAAUUCACUAAGGAUCACUUGAUCAGGAAGAAAGAAGAUGUCUCAGAGUCUGUUGGAGCAUCUGGCCAGCGCCCAGUGUUCUGCCCUGUGCACAAACAAGAACAGUUGAAACUUUUCUGUGAAACAUGUGACAGACUAACAUGUAGAGACUGUCAGCUGCUGGAGCACAAGGAACAUAGGUACCAGUUUUUGGAAGAAGCUUUUCAAAAUCAGAAAGGUGCAAUUGAGAAUCUACUAGCUAAACUUCUUGAGAAGAAGAAUUAUGUUCAUUUUGCUGCUACUCAGGUGCAGAAUAGGAUAAAAGAAGUAAAUGAGACUAACAAACGAGUAGAACAGGAAAUUAAAGUGGCCAUUUUCACCCUUAUCAAUGAAAUUAAUAAGAAAGGAAAAUCUCUCUUACAGCAGCUAGAGAACGUGACGAAAGAGCGACAGAUGAAGCUGCUGCAGCAGCAGAGUGACAUCACCGGGCUUUCCCGGCAGGUGAAACAUGUCAUGAACUUCACCAACUGGGCCAUCGCCAGUGGCAGCAGCACAGCGCUCCUGUACAGCAAGCGGCUGAUUACUUUUCAGCUGCGCCACAUUCUGAAAGCACGGUGUGACCCUGUCCCUGCUGCUAAUGGAGCCAUACGUUUCCAUUGUGACCCCACCUUCUGGGCAAAGAAUGUAGUCAACUUAGGUAAUUUAGUAAUAGAGAGUAAACCAGCUCCUGGCUAUACUCCAAAUGUUGUAGUUGGGCAAGUUCCGCCGGGGACAAACCAUAUUACUAAGACCCCUGGGCAGAUUAACUUAGCCCAGCUUCGACUCCAGCACAUGCAACAGCAAGUGUAUGCACAGAAGCAUCAGCAGCUGCAGCAAAUGAGGAUGCAGCAGCCCCCUGCAUCUGUGCCCACCACUACCACCACCACCCAGCAGCACCCUCGGCAAGCAGCACCCCAGAUGUUACAGCAGCAGCCUCCAAGAUUGAUAAGUGUGCAGACAAUGCAGAGAGGGAACAUGAACUGCGGAGCCUUCCAGGCGCAUCAGAUGAGGUUGGCGCAGAACGCCGCCCGCAUCCCGGGAAUCCCCAGGCACAGCGGCCCACAGUACUCCUUGAUGCAGCCGCACCUCCAAAGACAACACUCGAACCCAGGCCAUGCCGGCCCCUUCCCUGUGGUGUCAGUGCACAACACCACCAUCAACCCGACCAGCCCCACCACAGCCACGAUGGCAAACGCCAACCGAGGGCCCACCAGCCCGUCUGUUACAGCAAUAGAGCUCAUCCCCUCCGUCACCAACCCGGAAAACCUCCCGUCUCUGCCAGAUAUUCCGCCCAUCCAGUUGGAAGAUGCUGGUUCAAGUAGUUUAGAUAAUCUACUAAGUAGAUACAUCUCAGGCACUCACCUACCCCCCCAGCCCACAAGCACCAUGAAUCCCUCCCCGGGACCCUCUGCCCUAUCUCCAGGAUCAUCAGGUUUAUCUAAUUCACACACGCCUGUGAGACCUCCCAGCACCUCCAGUACCGGCAGCCGUGGCAGCUGUGGGUCAUCAGGAAGAACUGCUGAGAAGACAAGUCUUAGUUUUAAGUCUGAUCAAGUGAAGGUUAAGCAAGAGCCUGGGACUGAGGAUGAAAUCUGUAGCUUCUCGGGGGCCGUGAAGCAGGAGAAGACGGAGGAUGGAAGGAGGAGCGCCUGCAUGUUGAGCAGCCCUGAGAGUAGCUUGACCCCACCUCUCUCGACUAACUUACAUCUAGAGAGUGAGCUGGAUGCAUUAACAAGCCUGGAAAACCAUGUGAAAAGUGAGCCUGCAGAUAUGAAUGAGAGCUGCAAACAAUCAGGACUCAGCAGCCUUGUGAACGGCAAGUCCCCCGCUCGGAGCCUCAUGCACAGGGCAGCCCGGUUCGGAGGGGAUGGCAGCAGCAAGGACGAGGACCCCAAUGAGGACUGGUGUGCGGUCUGCCAGAACGGAGGGGACCUGCUGUGUUGUGAGAAGUGCCCCAAGGUCUUUCAUCUGACUUGUCAUGUUCCAACACUGCUUAGCUUUCCAAGUGGGGACUGGAUAUGUACAUUUUGCAGAGAUAUUGGGAAACCAGAAGUUGAAUAUGAUUGUGAUAAUUUGCAGCAUAGUAAAAAGGGGAAAACUGCACAGGGGUUAAGCCCCGUGGACCAAAGGAAAUGUGAACGACUUCUGCUUUACCUCUACUGCCAUGAACUAAGUAUUGAGUUCCAAGAGCCAGUCCCUGUCUCGAUACCAAACUACUAUAAAAUAAUAAAGAAACCAAUGGAUUUAUCCACAGUGAAAAAGAAGCUUCAAAAAAAGCAUUCCCAACACUACCAGAUCCCAGAUGAUUUUGUGGCUGAUGUCCGUUUGAUCUUCAAGAACUGUGAAAGGUUUAAUGAAAUGAUGAAAGUUGUUCAAGUUUAUGCAGAAACACAAGAGAUUAAUUUGAAGGCUGAUUCAGAAGUAGCUCAGGCAGGGAAGGCAGUUGCAUUGUACUUUGAAGAUAAACUCACAGAGAUCUACUCAGACAGGACCUUCGCGCCUUUGCCAGAGUUUGAACAGGAAGAGGAUGAUGGUGAGGUGACUGAGGACUCUGAUGAAGACUUUAUACAGCCCCGCAGAAAACGGCUAAAGUCAGACGAGAGACCAGUCCAUAUAAAGUGAAAUGACAAUGAACGGGAUUGUUUUUUAAAAAGCAAGCAAGAAAAGGAAUAAUAGUAACUUUUAUUUAAGUGUUGCUGAACUGCCCGGUGGGCGCCUCCCUGAAGAAGCUAAUAGCUUUCACACAGUGUUAGAUUGAAGUGAUGGACAGAAAACACAAUCUUGUCACAAUAAGGACAGAGAACUGUAAAAACAGAGCAAAAGUGGAAUGAUUUCUGUUACUAAAGAAGAUGUUUUAAUUGUUAGACCAGACAAAGAUUGGUGAGCUGUGGUAUCUAUUGGUGCCAGAUACUGGGUGUCUAGUGCUUGAUACAUUGUCUCUGUACAUUUGCAGUUAGAGAAGCAACUGGAUCCUCCCACACCUGUGUACUGGCACGCUUUCUCAUUAAAAUCAAGGUUGCUCAGAUUCCACUCUUGUCAAUGCAUGUAUGCAUUGAAUCAUGCUCCCCUUCCUCCCCCCUCAUUUUUAUGCUGUGGGCCUUAGUUUUUAUAUUGCUUUGACAAACUCUCAGCAGUUUUAUUUUCUAUUCAUACGUAGUCUGGAAAACAUGGCCAUCGAUCAUUCCCUAAAUUUUAGCUUUCUGCUGAAAUUAACAUGGUAAUUUUUCUCACUAGCAGAUCUUAUCGUUAUCAUUUCCAGAAAACACGUCGACAGAAUUGCACUUCCCGAUCAAAUCAUCUGAUCAUAUAGUUAUUCCCAUGAAGGGCAGAAUGUUUGUUUCAAAAUUAAUCUAGUUUUCUGUACAUUUAAAUUUGAUUGAGAAGGUGAUAACUGACUCUUACCCAGUUUUCCUUCAGAGCAGUUUCCUGAUAGACCACUAUUGGCAAACAGUAAUCUGUCAACUACCAAAUGUGUAAAAUUUUCUGUAUUUCACUUUGUCUUAUUUGUAAAUAGUGAACUAAAACUUCUGGCAGAUCAGCAACAUUUGCUGAGCCUGUUUUUUUAAGCUAAUGUGUAUUCUUACUAAUGUUUAUCAAGAAUGGAUUUGUAAUAUAUGCUGUCUAUUUCUAAUGUCACAUUCAUAUUUUAAGGUUCUAUCUUAUUUUAAUAGAGAACAGACUUCUCAGAAAAUCUUCAGAAGCAGCUUAUUAAAAUAACAAAAUAUUGAAAUAAACCCGGUGGGGUUAGUUACGCAUUCGUCCACCAAGUGGGACAUUUGCAUGGACUGGGGGCUUACAGGACUUUAGUAGAGACCCAUAAGUAAACCUUAAAAAAUGAGCCAAUCCCCACUUGAAAGGCUACUGGAUAAAACCCACUGACUGUCCUUAUCUCAGCACAGGGCGGAUAAAUACCCUUGACUCUGGUUCAUUUUCCUUCUUGUUUGUGACCCCCAGCUAUGUGUUCAAGGCUAUGGACAGUCUUCAUGUUGGGUUGAAAUUUUUCAUCCCCCUUUUGUAUGAACCUAAUAGAUUAUAAAGUGACCAAAAUAGAGAACUUAUAACGAGAUGUUUUUCAGACUUCAGCAGAUUUCUGGCAAAUUGCCCAUUAAAAGCUUCAGCUUCAGCAGUCCAGACCAUAAGCUCAAAAAAAAAAGACGCUAAUUGUCUAAGAAGAAUUUUUUUAGUGCAUAUUGAAUCAAAUAAAGUGCUCUAAAAAUUUAUUAUAUAAUAUCUUUGUUUGGGUUGUUUUCUUUUCUUAACAAGGGGUGGGGUAGAAAUGGAUAUGAUUCAGACCUCAUGAUGUCUUGAUUUGAUUAUUGAUUACUAUUGACUGACUUUAUUCUGUGACUUCCUUUUUGCCUUUUCAGCUGGAAUUCAGUACACAUACCCAACUGUUACUUUAUUUGAGUUUCAAAUUUCUGAGUUCUCUUAUAAAGGAGAAAAAAAAUUAUUCUAUACUGUGUCUAUGUACAUUCUCUCUUUCCCAAACACUGAUGAUUUUUAUCAGGAGCCAUACUAUCUUACACAAUUUAGAAUGCAUUGGGUUAAAUACAGAAUUUAAUUUUGUCAAGCCAUUGAGCUUUAAGUUUUUUUUCUUAAUCAUAUGGAUCCUUUUCAAAAUUCUAAUUAACAAGUCAUAUAUUAGGUUCAUUUAUAGGGGAAUAAAAUUUUUUUAUGUCAUUCUUGAUAUUUGGGGCCUUGAGAGGUAUGUGUUCCCUUCAAAAUAUGUCCAUGUUAUACGGAGUUUUUAGUGUUACUGUUUUAAGAUUGUUUUUUUAAAAUGUACUUCAGUGCAAAAAUUUUGCAGCUCAAUUUUUUUAAAAAAAUGAGACAAUUCAUACUGUUGGGAAAUUGCUUUUAAUAGCUAUCAGCAUACCAUCAGUCAAGGAUUUGCUUUCGAUCUCAUUGAAGCUAUUUUUCUUAUUGAUCACUUUAUUUCUAAGCUGAUUUGUUUAGAACUGUACUACAGCUGGGUUCAUUGACAAAACUUAAAUUCAUAUUCAGGUAUUUUGUUUUUCUGCUAGUUUUUUUUGUGAUUUUACUCAUAUUUGUAUUCUUGGUAGAAAGGGCAAUAUUUUAGAUUUGGAGAUGUUAAUGUUUCCUUGAGAUUGUGCAGUGCAUCACUUUGUAUUAUCCAUCAGUAAGACACUAAGAACAAAGUGUUCCGCUGUCUAAAUUCACUUUGUUGUGUUUCGUUUUCACAUGACUCAGCUGAUUAGCAUAGUGUGAAAGAAUUAUUUUGCAAAAUGAAGUGUGACUUUUGAGAGCAUGAGAAGGUUGUAGGUCAUGCUGUAUAGAAAAACAACACCCCCCACCCCAAAAAUAGAUUUUAAAGUUCACUGAUUCUUUUUAUUGUAACAGUUUCAAGAAAUUUUAUUUGAUCCAGUGAAGUAAUGUUUUCUCAAAAAUGAAAGGUUUAUGGUGUACAAAUUAUAGCUCUGUCAAUUUCCUCAGCAGAUACCCUGCCACGUGCGAUUAUUAGUGAUUAAUGUUAAUAAACGGUAGUUUUAUUAACACUAAUAAUAACUGCUCUUCUGACUGUGGCCUUGGAUUAUGGGGGUAGAUGCUGUGCUCUGCUCUCCGUGACCUGCAAGUUCCCGCCUGGCUUCUACACUGCAGUAUAAUGGUCUCUUUCUUACUGGAGUUCUUACUGCGUAUUUGCAGACUGGGCAAUGCAUCGAUCAGUAAGUAGUUUUAGAAGACUCCACCCCAGCUCUCUUAAUGAAAAUGGACUCGUCACUGAUAACAUAGAUUCAUAUUCAUAAUCUGCUGAAGAUGAUUCCAUUUUUUUCUUUGUUGUCAGUGCCAGGGGUCAAACCCAGGGCCUCAGAUGUGAGCCACGUCCCUGUUCUAAGCCCGGGUCUUAGAUGUUCAUCACACUGGGCCUGAUGUCUCUCUCAUUUCCCUCACACUUAGCUCUUCCUGGAUGAAGCAAUAACACUGCUUUAAGUCUGUUGCCUAAUAACAUAUCAUAAUCCUCUCCCAGUUGGUGAUUUUAUAGGAAAGUUUGUAUGCAUAUCACCCAAUCUAUCUUUUAAAAAUUAAUAAAUUUAAAUGUAUGCUGGAGUUAAUGACAAUAUAUUGUGGCAUUUUAUUUUACAAAUUGGGGAAAGUUGCAUAUUUUUUUAAAAGUAGAUGUUUGAGUAAAAAAAAAUUGAAGGUACUUUUUUAAGAAAAAUUUAUAUGCCACAGUUUACAUAGACAUUUCACAUUUCAACAUAUACUCUUGGAUAUGAUGGUUUCUUUCACUUGGUCAAAAAUGCAUGUAUUACGUUUCUGUAUUAUGUUUCUUCCUCUUAGUUUCAACUUGUAUUUGCCUCCGUGGUCUUUUUUUUUUUUCUGAGAAACAAUUAUCUUCAAAGAUAUCAAUUUGAAUAUAAGCUGUCGUGAUUGAACUAGAAAAUGUACAAAAUUAGGGCCAGAGCGAUAGUACAGCGGGUAGGACACUUGCGAUGAAUGCAGAUGAUCCGGGUUCAGUCCUGGCAUCCCAUACGGUCCUCCCAGCACUGCCAGGAGUAACUCCUGAGCAAGGCUGGGUGUGGCCCAAAACUCAGAAAUAAUUUUUAAAAAAUGUACAAAAUUAAGUUUAGCCCUUUCUAGCAAGUGAUCUUUAAAAUUAAAGAUGCUUUCCUUUUAAAUUCACCAAAUUUGUCUGUGAAAAGGCACUGAAAUAGUUUUUUAAGUGCCACUGCAAAAUUCCCAUUCAAAUGUAGCCUAAAUUUAAUUUUAUAAAUGGAAAUGCAUGUCUGCUCCUGGUCUGGAAAAGGUAGGCAUUUACUUAGUUUCACGUCACACGAAACAUGUACAUAUGCCUCUGAAGGAAAGAUUGUACAAUCUUAACGCCUGUUAAUUUUCUGCAUAGACAAAAAGGGUUAAAUUCAUAGCCGUACCAGUUCCUUGCUUCCAGUAUUUAAACUGGUGGUCUCCUCAUCCCGUCAUCAUUGUCAUUAUUCCUAUUCUUCCUCCUCCUAUUAUUUUUGCACAUAGUUACUACCCUUCAAUAUGAUUCUUAAAGAAAAAAGUGCUGUUUCUGUGGUAUUGUAUUCUCUAAAUAAUCAUAUUUAAUUUUUUAAACAAGGUUGCAGUUUCUAAUUGUUCUGUUCCUGUGUUUUUUGCUGGUGUGUAAUAAAAGCAAGAUUUUUCUUUUAAUGGUUAUUUAAUACAUUAGCUGCCUGUAAAUAUUUCUCGUUAUUAUGCUCUGGAAUGUGUUGUAGAAGUUGUAUUAGAUUAGUUUAAAGCCUUGUUUGAAAGCCACAUUGUUUUGGUUAUUUCUAUUAAAUUAGAAAAUUGAAAAAGUU